UCAGUGCCAGUUAUAAAGAGCUCAGGUGUGAAGCAGGCUGGUAAUAUGGGCUGCACGCUUUCCUCCCAGUCGGAGCCUCACAGCGAACAUGUGGAAGAUCUGACCAUCGUACAUCUGAGCGAGGAGCAGAAGGAGCUGAUCAGGGAGUCGUGGAGAGCCGUUCAGAGAGACGCCACUAAAGCCGGUGCGAUCAUGUUUGUGAGGUUGUUUGAGAUCCAUCCAGAGUGUAAAGAUGCUUUCUUCGACUUUCGAGAUGUUGCGGAUCCGGAAAUCCAGGCCAGCAGAGAACUGCGCGCUCACGGCCUCCGCGUGAUGUCCUUCCUGGAGAAGAGCGUGGCCCGGCUCGGAAAACCAGAGCAUUUAGAUCAGCUGGUUCUGGAACUGGGACGGAAACAUUGCCAUUACAAUUCCAACCCUAAAUACUACAUGUAUCUUGGCACUGAGUUCAUCCGAGUAAUUAAACCAAUCCUGAAGGAAAGCUGGUCCUCAGAACUGGAGAACGCCUGGACGACCCUGUUCUUGUAUUUGACUCAGAUGAUGAAGGUGGGCUUUGAGGAGGAGACAAGGAAACCACACGUUGGCUGGACCCCCUAAACACGGCAUGUAGGGGAUGGAGAGGUUCUUUAGGGUUCUUCAGCUGAGCACUGACAUUCUAAUAUUGACACAAGCUUAAUAUUAAUGAUUCAUUUAUUUAUUACUCAUAUACUAAUUUAUCAGUGAGUUAUUAAAGUUAAAAGCACUGUCAGCAUUAACUUCAGUUUUUCUUUUUUCCAAAAUAUUCAGUUUUUAUGGUUAAUAUAGUGUAGCUGGA